AAAAUAGCCAAUGUAAGCUCAUGUCGCGAGGACAACAUCCAACUUCUGUGGGGGCGACGAGCAGAGGGGGGUCACGAGAGCAGUUGGGGAUAAUGUACAGGCAGUGAAGAAAACGGUUUAACGCCAAAAAUUGACGUUAACGUUACUUUACUUUCGCAGAGCAGUAACGUGAAGAGAGUAAAGAAUCAGUUCAAGUUCAAGGGAGUUCAGAAUGGCUUUUGACGGGCAUCAGAGCACGUUUGCAAACUCACUUUUUCCUACAUACCAGCAUCAGGCCAGUGUAAAUAUAGGUGGUGGAAACAGUGUGGCAUUGCCCUCCAUGGCUAUCCCCAGUGUCUCACUACAGGAACAGAACACAGCGUCUUACAUGCCCUGGUCUCACAAUGCUCACGAUGAUCCCUAUGGCCUUAUCAAUUGUGCCCAGAACAGCAUUAAAAGCAGAAAACCCACUGAUAAUUCUAUCUGUGAUGGGGAGACUGAUCUACAGGGUCUGGUGUCAAAUAUUUUGGGUGAAGCAGAGUCACAGGACAGCUACUACUGUGAAGGCACUCUACCCACAUGUAAUUCAGUCUGGUCUCCAAAGACAUUGAGAGAAGAACUGCUACAGUAUUUUCAAUCAGAGGCUAAAACGCAACAUAAUCCUACCUUUCCUCCAAACUAUGUAUCCCGUGAGGCUUUAAAUAAAGCACAGGGACAGUCAGUGGACAAAGAUGUGGAAGAGUUUUAUCACCAGUCCAAUGGCCUUUCUACCAAUCAACAAUGGCUUUUUAAUUUGCCUAAUGGAGACCGGGACAGCUACACCCUCCGUCCUCAGAAACUGCCACCAGGUCUACCAAUACCCAACACAGGAGGAAACACCUACUUGUCACAGGUACAACAAAGCAAGUAUGACAAAAUGCCAGCUGAGAGAGGAAGUAAUCCGCCUAAGAAUUAUUUCCAUGACUCCAGUAACGGCUUUAUACCUCAAAGUGAAAUGAACAGCCAAUGCAUUCAUCCUUAUUAUGAAGACCAGUACAUCCAGAGCAGCGCAAAGCCCACCAGUGACGAGCAGUAUGGGCCACAAGACAUUAAUCAGCUGGUCAGCAGUUUUCAGUCGUUCAUGGCUGGUGACCAUGAUAGCUUAUGUCAUGGAGACUUUCCAAACAAUCACAGGCAGACAGUGGGCACGCACCAUGAAGACAGCAUGGCUGAACAAUGGAAAAUCACCAGUCCCGCAAUGUCAACACAGAGUACUUCUGCAAUUCAGACCCAAAAGCAACUGGUGGGAGAAUUUGGGACAUUGCAGACGGAAAGAAAUGACGGAGUGAGGAAACAAACAUUUAAGUGUGAUGCCUUUCAAGAUCUACCUGGUUUUAGCCCACAAAACACAGAAUACUUCCAGCCACCCAAGCCGUUCCCUGCAUCUUUAAGCCGUCCAAACCAAUUCCAAAGCAACCUGAUCAUGCACAGAGAGAACACUUCACUCCCUAUUAACGUAGGCAUGAACCAGUAUUCAAAGCAUCACGUCCAGCAGGGCCUGAUACAGAGCAAGCUCAAGUCACAGAUGCAGAGAGAAAAGAAGAGGAUGCAUAUGUCUGGCUUUCUAGGAGAAGUCUUCUCCACAAGAACCCUUUCCAACUCUAACAUGAGAGGGGGAGAUAAAAAACAGUCCCUCUCACAAAACCCGUACUUUGACCACAUGGGGAGCAUGCAGUCUCAUAGAUUUGAUGGAGAAAACAACAUGGUCAGUGUAGGGAAUACACAGCACCUCAUGCCUUUCAUGUAUCCUGUGAAUGACCCCAGAAGGUACUCCAGCAUGCCCAUCAACUCCUCUAACUUCAGCUCUAGAGCCACACUGCCCUGUGGAAGCGGUGUUCCUGGCAUGGAUGCGAGUGUUAGGAUGUCGGCCAAUGAGUCUGCAGCUUUCAACCCCUAUAUUAGUGACAUGAUGACCUGCAGAGGAGAGAGCACUUAUCAUGGCAUGGCUUCAGCCAUGACAACUUCAAUGGUGAUGAAUCAAGGAGGACCUGUGAUCCAGCUUUACUUCUACCUGGAUGAGUGUUAUGAGCAGUGGAGGAGUUUGGAGCGGGAGAGAAAAAGGACAGAGAUCAUUGUUGCCAAGACAUUUCUUGGUAAAAGAACUGCAACAGUGGCCAACAUUAACCAACCCAAAACUCCACCAAAUCCCACAAGAGUGGACCACCUCAUUGUUAAUCAGAUGAGAGAGCAAGCGAGGGUAGGAAGCCUUCUGGAUAGAAUGGAGUGUCUGUGCAACACUCCCCUCCAUACGAGCAUCCACACAGCACUGAACAGGCAUCAUAUGGCUAUUUGCAUCACCCAGGCGAGACGCAGGGAGGAGAUUGCCAGCAUGUCCAAAAACCAGCGGCAGAGGGCCCAUUUCACAGAGGACAAAGACACCCUGUUGUUGGUCAUUGCACUGAAGGACCUUGCUGCUACCACGAGGAAGAUGCGCACAGCCCUGUGGUCUGCUCUCCAGAUGACACUACCAAAACCUAUCAAGAGGCAGGACCACCAUGUUACCAGGGAGCCCACACUCACAGAGAGGAGCUCCUCUCCGUUUGAGGGAUACUCUUUUAAGUUAUGAAUUAGCAGGCAAAAAGCAUGAGCUAAAUGUCUUGAAAACCACUGCCCAGAAUAAACAUUUCCCAUAGGCAACAGGGUUAUGUAAAAACCAGACAAAAAACCCUGCAUGUCUAUAGAGACAUUUUACCUGCAACACAGUGAUCACUGCAGAAUAUGAAAUGAGUAAUAUGAAGUUUGAUGAUGGCGGCACCUUUUGGCACCCAGGAGUUCCAGGUGGCUAGCAUUUGUUGCGUAGAAUUGCAUGAAAUGUAAUUUAACCUGCUGCAUCUCAACUUCAUUUCAUUUAAUUAGUGUCAGUUCCAAAUGAACGUGAAUCUUGCUCCAUCACCGUUGUAUUUAAAGGCACUAUUUAUGAGGAAGAUUUCAGUGAAUUCUUCAUUGUUUUACUUAUUUAUUGGAAUGUAAUGGGACCUCAGUUCUGGGUAUUCCAAAGCAACAUUUGAAUCAUUAGGGCAGUAGUUUAAAACAAACAUGCUUAAUAUUACAGUCUUUUCAAAAAUGUUCCAAUUAAUUUCUGUAGCUUUAGUUUUUCUUAUGUAACCCUAACAUGUUAUAAUCUGAGUUUUUGUAUUUAUUUAUCUGCAAUUUGGUGAAGUUUGAACUGUGCUAAAGAUACUCAAACUCAAAGUUCACUGUUUUAAAUGUAUUAAUCACACUUUCCAUUAGAAACACAACAUAUUUGUAUCAGUGAAAUGUAAUAUAGCUAGGUUAAAA